AUGAUAAAUAAGUAAACAGAAUAAAUAUUCUCAUAACUGUAAGGAGCCUUUGCGUGGGUUGAGAAGAUGAGAAAGAAGAAGCCAAUGACUUCGGAUAUGCAAAUUAAGGAAUUGUUAUACUUUUUAAAUAUUGAUGCUACGAAUGAAGAGAUUGAAGCUUUGAAUGAAUUGGCUAAUCCUGAAGGAGAACAAGACAUUUAAUACGAGAAAUUAUACAAAGUGUUUAUGAAUGAUUAGCAAUAAGAGUAAAGAGAGGUGUUGGAGGCCUUUAGGUUGCUAUCAGGUUCAAAUAGGAUUGAAGUAGAUAAAUUAGAGAAUUGGCUCUACAUUUAUGACAAGAAGUACCGAAAUAAUACCAAACAAUUCAUAGCUUAAUUGAAGCAGUCCCCAAGUUAUAAGCAAGGAUAUUUGGACUUUGAGAAAUAUGUGAAAGAAGGUUGA